AUGGGCCCUCACAGCAGCGACGGCACCCCUAAGGUCCUUCUCAAGGAUGUCAGGGGCCCUCCCAAGGACAGCAACGCCUCCAGGGACCCUCCUAAGAACCCUGAUGCCCCUAAGGACCUUCCCCGGGGCGGCGGUGCCACCAACUACCCUUCCAGAGACGGCGACGUUCUCAUGUCCCCAAGUACCCUCCCUGGGGCCGCUGCCGCCACCCCAGGGACACUCGUAGGCACGCCGGCGUACCUAGGGGCCCUCUUAGGGGUGGUUGCGCACCCAGGGGCCUUCCUAGAGGUGGUGGCACCUCCAGGGCCCCACUCAGGGGCGGCAGUGCACCCAGGGACCCUCCCAGGGGCUACGGCGCCCCCAGGAACUCUCCCAGGGAUGGUGGCGCCCACCAGAAACCCUUGCAGCGACGGUGGAGCCCCGUGGGGCCCUCCCAGUGACAGUGGCGCCCCCAAGGACUCUAGCAGGGGCAUCGGCUCCUCCAGUGACCCUGCCCAGGGUGGCGGCGCCUCCAAGGACCCUCCCAGGGGCAGUGCUCCCUUUCUGAACAAUGAUUCGUAG